GUCAGUCGUGUUCCAAGUGCCACCUAGAGAAGAUGCAGACGGUCGCGGCUAUUCUUUGGGUUUUUGUAGGCCUAGCGGCCGCGAAUGACAGUCCGUCUUUCUUGAAACGCGGAAGCUGCAAGACGGGCGUCCAGCCGCUCUCCGGCUUUGACAGAAAUAAGUUUACUGGACGCUGGUUCCGCAUUGGAGGCAUCCGCAACCCUGAUGAGGAGAAGGCCGUUAAAUGCACCACACUGGAUUACAGAGUUGGAGGGACCGGCAUGGACAUGGUGUCGCAAGGCUUGGACCACAUCGAUGAGUUUACCAGGAAAGUCACCCCCAUGACCAUGGACGACCUCACUGUGGGCUCCUUUGGCCUCACCUCCAAUAAUCGCCCCGUGAAGCUGGAAAUACUCGAAACGGACUACACUUCGUACGCGUGUCUGUACUCCUGCACCGAUAUCGCUGGUACCCACUUCGCGCAGUUCGCUUGGAUCAUGUCGCGCCAGCCCAAACUCGACAAGCGGGAGAUCGGUUUGUGUCAGCUUGCGUUGAAGGAAGCUGGUGUUCCCGUGGGUAAGCUGAAAGGCACCCGACAAGACUCAGCGUGCAACUAUCCCCCUGAGGAAUAGCCUCCCGACGGGUGAAAUCUGCGUGCAAUUAUCCCCCUGAGGAAUAACCUCCCGACGGGUGAAAACAUCACCCAUCAAAUGGGUAGUUUGUCCUGCAGAACAAGACACUUUAAUGAGAAAAGGAAUUUUGGACUGAUAGGAAUUUUUAUAAUAGUGGGUUAUUUCGAGGAUGGACAGUGUGAUUCUAUGAACUUUUUUAGUGUUUUAGUGAUAUUUUGUUUUAAAAUAAUAUUCAUAAAUCGCAUUGAAUAAGUAACAAAGAGAAAUGUUCAAGAUGGGCGUUUACCAAGUGCUUCUUGAGCGCUGAACACAACAUUGUAUUUUUUGUAAAGCGCCCACAACCACAAAAUAGCAGAUAUAAAAAUACGUAACUUUUAAAUUUUGAUGAAAUAUUUGCCUUAAUUAUCCUCGUGUAACAAUUUGAAGCCAAUUAAAUCAUAAUUUAUUUAAGAUUCACUUAAUCCACGUAAAAAGCAAUCCUUCAGAGAAUAUUAAUUACACAAGCACUUGUUCGUCAAUUUAUUUUUAUGGUAGAAAAAUUCAAUCCAUCGUCGACACAUCGUUUAUGUGAAUGCUUUGAACACCUUUUGCAAGACGAAUCUAUUUAUAAUUUUUAAAUUAAAUGUCAUUUGUAAAA